AUGCUGCUGCUAGACUCAUCCACCUUACUAACCAUUCCAUAUCUGCCAUCCCUCUCUGCCAAUCCUCCACUGAACUCCACUCAGUGCCCCCAUCCCUCUCUGCCAAUCCCUCCACUGGCCUCCACUCAGUGUCCCCCCCCUCUCUGCCAAUCCCUCCACUGGCCUCCACUCAGUGUCCUCCACCCCCCUCUGCCAAUCCCUCCACUGGUCUCCACUCAGUGUCCUCCAUGCCUCUCUGCCAAUCUCUCCACUGUCUCCACUCAUGUCCUCCAUCCCUCUCUGCCAAUCUCUCCACUGAUCUCCACUCAGUGUCCUCCAUCCCUCUCUGCCAAUCCCUCCACUGCUCUACACUCA